AUGUUUUCUUCUUCUUCGAACUCUACGAACAGCAGCAAGAAGCCUGUGCAACAGAAAGAUCUGAGUAUGUGUCUAAACCGAAAACGCAUGGAGAGGGGUAGAUUCUGGGCUAAAAAGGGCAUUUCACUGACUAUAGGCUCCAGAUCUGCAUCUCCCUUUUGGCGAACCCGAACAGCAGAAGGACACCGUGACCAGUCUGCGAAGAAGCAGGCGUCUCGGGAUUCAAGUCUGGUUAUAGGGGCCUCAUAUUCGCAUGCCGAUAUGAUGAGAUUUGACAACUUAUCUUUGUCUACAUCUUCGACCAGCCCUAGAACCCCCCCUCCUUCUUCACUCAAAACUCGAAGCAAUACCCCGCCACCGCCCCGAGGAUCUUCUGGAUUGGCCUCCCCUCUGAGAAGAAACUAUACCGACUUUCUUUCCAACACGAACAAUGACUGGAAUGUGGAAGAUGAGGCCGAUGAUUACGAUGACUACGGGUAUGAAAAUGACGACGGGGACGAUUUUGGGCUUCCCAGCAUGUCAAGCAUGAGACGGAAGAGUAAGAAAGGUCUAGAGCAGCGCAGAACUGAUGGUGGAGGGAAUGUGCCUCCCUUUGGAUAUGGACCAGCAGGAGAUUCUGGUGGAUUUGGAGCCAGCAGACUAUUCAACAGCGCCGAUAUCGCUAUCGAGCGCCCUGCGCCAAGUUAUCCCGUUGCAAAGAAGAGCGAGGGCAAAAUUCUAAGACCUCAAUACAAGGAGGUUCUCAGGGACCCGGCAAACUCGUUGCAUCUUAUAAGCCAUCCCCCAAUACCUGCCGGUGCUUCGCCGAAAGAAACAGAUGUCCACUCCGCCCGGAUAACAAGAAUCAACAAGUUCAAAAAGAUACUGCAGGCAACCUCGAUAAAUUUAACAGAACUGAGAGCAGCAGCAUGGUCUGGGAUACCAGAAGAGGUCCGCGCCAUGACUUGGCAGUUAUUACUUGGAUAUCUGCCAACAAGCAGUGAACGACGAGUAGGGACGUUGGAGCGUAAGCGAAAGGAGUAUCUUGAUGGUGUCAGGCAGGCUUUCGAAAGAGGAGGAAACAGCUCAGGCACUUCAGGCAAGAUCAGAGGGCUGGAUGAAACAAUUUGGCACCAGAUUAGUAUCGAUGUGCCUCGGACGAACCCUCAUUUGGAGCUGUACAGCUACGAAGCUACGCAGCGAUCCCUGGAACGAAUCCUCUAUGUCUGGGCAGUACGGCAUCCUGCAAGUGGUUACGUUCAAGGUAUCAAUGACCUUGUUACCCCUUUUUGGCAGGUCUUUCUCGCCAGUUAUAUCACGGAUGCGGAUGUUGAGAGCGGGAUGGACCCUGGGCAGCUGCCAAAACCCGUUCUCGAUGCCGUGGAAGCAGACACUUUUUGGUGUAUCACCAAGCUGUUGGAUGGAAUCCAGGAUAACUAUAUUUUUGCACAGCCUGGCAUUCAGCGCCAGGUUGCGGCUCUUCACGAUUUGACUGCUAGGAUUGACGAGCCUCUUGCAAAACACUUGGAGCACGAGAGCGUUGAAUUUAUUCAAUUCAGCUUCAGGUGGAUGAAUUGUCUUCUUAUGAGGGAGAUCAGCGUCAAAAACACCAUUAGAAUGUGGGACACAUAUAUGGCCGAAGAACAAGGCUUUUCCGAGUUCCAUCUUUACGUCUGCGUGGCUUUCUUGGUCAAAUGGUCCGAAAAAUUACGGAAGAUGGACUUUCAGGAAGUGAUGAUGUUUCUUCAGGCUUUGCCAACGAGGGAUUGGACUGAGAAAGAUAUCGAGCUUCUCCUCAGUGAAGCCUUCAUCUGGCAGUCACUGUUCAAGGGCUCGACCUCCCAUUUGAAAGGAGGAUCAAGUAUCACGCCUUCAAAUGCUGCUGCCCAGGGAUGA